AUGGCUCCGAGCUGCUACGACGUGGCCGCGUCUAUGCUCCUCUGCCCCGAGGACAGCAUCGACAUCAUGUGCUUGGAGGAGGAGGAGGAUGUGGUGGCGCCGGCGGGGAAGAGGCGAGGCCGGUCGCCGGACGCGGAUUUCGGGGCGGACUUGUUCCCGCCGCAGACGGAGGAAUGCGUGGCCGGUUUGGUGCGGAGAGAGCCGGAGCACAUGCCCCGGGCGGACUACGGCGACAGGCUUCGCGCCGGCGGCGGCCUGGAUCUCCGCGUCCGCAGGGUGGCCGUGGAUUGGAUUUGGAAGGUUUACACAUACUACAAUUUUGGACCUCUGACUGCCUACCUGGCUGUGAAUUACCUGGACCGUUUCCUCUCGCGGUACGAGCUGCCGGAAGGCAAGGCUUGGACGACGCAGCUGCUCUCGGUGGCUUGCUUGUCUUUGGCUGCUAAGAUGGAGGAAACUUAUGUCCCGCCAUCUCUGGAUCUUCAGAUCGGCGAAGAACGGUACCUGUUCGAGGCCAAGACGAUCCAGAAAAUGGAGCUUCUCGUUCUGAGCACCCUCAAUUGGAGAAUGCAGGCCGUGACCCCUUUCUCCUACAUCGACCACUUCCUGGACCUGCUCAACGGCGGCAAUGCGACGCCGCGAGGCUGGCUCUUCCAAUCGUCAUCGGAGCUCAUCUUGUCCGUAGCCAGAGGAACCGUAUGCCUGGGGUUUCGACCCUCGGAGAUCGCCGCCGCCGUGGCCGCAGUCGUGGUCGGAGACGUGAACGAUGCUGACCUCGCAAAGGCUUGCACCCAUGUAGAUAAGGCGAGGGUGCUGCGAUGCCAGCAGCAGCUGAUGCUGCAUCAUCGUCGGUCGGCCAUGGCCUCCUCCUCCUACUCCCCUGCGCCAUCGAGCCCUGUUGGGGUGCUGGACGCUAGCUGCCUCAGCUGCAAAAGCGAUGAUGCCACAACUAUUGCCGCACAUGGAAGCUGCUUCCAUGAUGGCUCGCCGGUUACCAGCAAGAGGAGGAAGAUCAGCAUGACCGGUCAAAGCGCCCAAUGAUAGGUCACUCCGCUGUACACUUGUCUCAGCAAAGGGAGCGGACUCCAAAAAACAAAAGCCUGAUGUUUUCGAUUGCAACGACGACUGCAUAAAAAGGGGCCGAAAACAAAAGAAGGGGACCAAAAAGGAGGGAGUUUUGACAUGGCGAGAUGGCAGGAAGCUGA